AUGGGGAAAGAAAAAAGAGGAGAGAAACAUGUGCGGAAACAACUGGAGGAAAGCUCAGUGGCAGCCAAUCAUGGUGGUACGGUGAUACCAGGGGAGAACGUCGAUGGGCGGGAUGCAUUAUCUUGGACCCAAGAAACACAGCGGAUUGUGGUUGACACGCUGGUCUCAUUGCAGAGCUCAAGCAAUGUAGACAACACGAGUUCCGUGAUGCCAGCGACGGUGCGGGUUCCACGGCGGUCGGAGGAUAAAGUGGCAUCGGCUGCAAAAACACGACAUAUUGAUCCGCUUUCCGCCUCUGAUCAUCUUUUUAGAGAAAAGGAACGUCACACAAAUUUAUUUGCAUUCCCUUCGGUGCUUUCAGAGGGGCAUACGGAAAAGGAGUUGUUAUGUCAUUAUCCUUAUCAUCGUGAAGGAAGCUUACAUCAAUCUUAUGGUGGCCCAAAGAAGAGAGAUUCGUCUGUGUUCAUGCCGCCGAUAUCAAAUGACCCACAAACAAGCAUUGGUAGUCUCUCUGGGAUUACAGCACCAAGAAUACGAGAUCGGGAGACCGGUGAAUUGCACGACACGGAAGAGCACUGCGUAGUGAAAAGAAGAAAUUCUAAGAGAGAGAACCAAAAAUUGACGUGUAUGACGCAUGGGCCAAAGCCUUUCUGUAUGAAACAAUCGGAUUUGACACUUGCUUUCAGUGAUUGUGCUAAAAAGACGGCGGAUGUUGCUGAAACUAAUAAGAAGACAGCUGCUCAGGCAUUGAACUUAAGGACAACAGAGUGUUGUAAUGAUGAAGCAUCAUUUGAGUGUCUUGGCAUUAGUUUGUUGCCCUCACAACAUGAAAACUCAAGUAGGGCAUCUGUCCCCCCUCGUAGUCCGCAUUUGGAAAGUAUAAACACCUUGGGUUAUGAAAUGUCUCCGAUUCCACGAGAGCAAGAGGAAACAGGUCGGAGUAAAUUACGAAAGAAACAUUUUUACUGUUGUUUUAAAGAAUUGCCGUUAUCUUCGGUAUUAAUACCUUAUUUUCUAGUUCUUAUGUGCUUGUCUUUGUUCUGUCUGUUAACGCCAUAUUAUGUGACAACUGUUAUCAUCCGAGAAUCUGUUGAAGAGUUUCAUGAACAUGCACGGCUUGAGAUCAAUUCACAGUUAGAGGGUGCACUUAAUGUCCCUACGCUCUUAUCAAGUAUUUUUGUUGCCCUGUACGUUGUAGACGAGAGAAAACCACGUCCAAAUGAUGAUGUGAUACCAAUGGGUUUUGAGAUGUCGCAACGUUUUUGUGCUGCAUUACAAAACAUGGAUCGUUAUAAGCUUCUGACAUUUAUUUAUAUGGCGUCUUUACCCCGUGACGAGAUUGCACAUUGCGCAAGAGGAUUUCAUGGGCAUUAUUUUGCUACAGCUGUGCGACGGAAAAAUGAUGGUGCAUUGAAUGCACUUGUUGCUGUUGAUCCUGAGAAUGUGACUCUUGUGGAACCGCCGCUGGUGUUGAAAAAGUUUAGCAAGCCUUUUAUACUUAAAGAUCUUAUAUAUAAUUUUACUCCUACAAAAAAGUUGAUUGAUUCUUGGAAGGAGGAUGUAAUUGCGGGAAAUGAACCCAGGAUGCAAAUGUGGAACGUAGAAAAUUUUCUUAGCCCACGGUAUGUAUACACGUAUCCAUUUUUUGAGAAGGACGGUACAGUUUCUUUUUUUAAAGUCGCACUUGACCUUAGACGGGUCCUUGGUAAAAUCUUUGCGGAAGAAAGUGACCCAAUCAGUCUGGUUCGAGUUGCAUUGCUUGAGAAUGAUGGGAACGACAGUAAUAUGACAGUGAUUGCGACCAAUUUUAAUGUGAAGUGGCAGGGGGAAAGUGGAGAAGGUGAAUAUGAAUUUGUUUUUAGUAAAGGUGGUAACGGCAGGGUCCGUACCAUUGGAAAAGCAGGCGAAUACAUGGUUCCUUCACCGAAGGUAGGGAACAUUAAAGAUCCGUUAAUGCGAGAGGCGUUUCUUCAUGUAAACAUGAAUGAAGUCAUGUCGAUAGUACGCAGUGGGAGAAAUUUCUUUACUACAUUUCCUUAUGAUGGGUCAGUCGGGACCUUUAGUGUCUGUUUGACACAGUCAGAACUUAAUGCCACGAUGGUCUUGGCUGUUGUGGUACCUCCGUUUUAUGGUGAACGUUUUGAAAUCCUUCAUGUCGUUAGUCUUAUUGGUGCAUUUGUCAGUACAAUCGGGGCGACUUUACUGGUUUAUUUUGUUUUUUCCACUUUAGUCAGUCGCCCGCUGCACAGUAUAGCGGCAGAGCUUCGUGUGACCGCCAAGGUGGAUGUUACUUUAGCCAGAACAUCUAUUAAUACCCCCCGUAUCCGCGGAAUUCGCUUUGCAUUGCUAGAGAUAGACAAGCUGCAGAGUGUGGCUGCUUCACUGAAGAAUCAAAUGCGUCAUUUACGUUCAUUCUUACCAGAGGGAGUUUUGCCGUUACGGUAUGCAACGGAUGAAGAACGGAAAGCAAAAUACAUGGAUGGCGGUAUUCAGAGUGAAGCAAGGAAUGCGGAUAUGAGGGAUGGUGUGAAGGAGCACAAGC